AUGAGGCACAAAGAAGGAAAAACAAGAAAGCAAGAAAAAGGCAAGAAGAAGGGAAGUAAAAGAAGGAAAUUAGAAAAGAAAGGCAAGAAGAAGGGAAGUAAAAGAAGGAAAUUAGAAAAGAAAGGCAAGAAGCAGGGAAGUAAAAGAAGGAAAUUAGAAAAGAAAGGCAAGAAGCAGGGAAGUAAAAGAAGGAAAUUAGAAAAGAAAGGCAAGAAGAAGGGAAGUAAAAGAAGGAAAUUAGAAAAGAAAGGCAAGAAGAAGGGAAGUAAAAGAAGGAAAUUAGAAAAGAAAGGCAAGAAGCAGGGAAGUAAAAGAAGGAAAUUAGAAAAGAAAGGCAAGAAGAAGGGAAGUAAAAGAAGGAAAUUAGAAAAGAAAGGCAAGAAGAAGGGAAGUAAAAGAAGGAAAUUAGAAAAGAAAGGCAAGAAGGGAAGUAAAAGAAGGAAAUUAGAAAAGAAAGGCAAGAAGAAGGGAAGUAAAAGAAGGAAAUUAGAAAAGAAAGGCAAGAAGAAGGGAAGUAAAAGAAGGAAAUUAGAAAAGAAAGGCAAGAAGGGAAGUAAAAGAAGGAAAUUAGAAAAGAAAGGCAAGAAGGGAAGUAAAAGAAGGAAAUUAGAAAAGAAAGGCAAGAAGAAGGGAAGUAAAAGAAGGAAAUUAGAAAAGAAAGGCAAGAAGAAGGGAAGUAAAAGAAGGAAAUUAGAAAAGAAAGGCAAGAAGGGAAGUAAAAGAAGGAAAUUAGAAAAGAAAGGCAAGAAGGGAAGUAAAAGAAGGAAAUUAGAAAAGAAAGGCAAGAAGAAGGGAAGUAAAAGAAGGAAAUUAGAAAAGAAAGGCAAGAAGGGAAGUAAAAGAAGGAAAUUAGAAAAGAAAGGCAAGAAGGGAAGUAAAAGAAGGAAAUUAGAAAAGAAAGGCAAGAAGAAGGGAAGUAAAAUAAGGAAAUUAGAAAAGAAAGGCAAGAAGAAGGGAAGUAAAAGAAGGAAAUUAGAAAAGAAAGGCAAGAAGCAGGGAAGUAAAAGAAGGAAAUUAGAAAAGAAAGGCAAGAAGAAGGGAAGUAAAAGAAGGAAAUUAGAAAAGAAAGGCAAGAAGGGAAGUAAAAGAAGGAAAUUAGAAAAGAAAGGCAAGAAGAAGGGAAGUAAAAGAAGGAAAUUAGAAAAGAAAGGCAAGAAGAAGGGAAGUAAAAGAAGGAAAUUAGAAAAGAAAGGCAAGAAGAAGGGAAGUAAGGACUUUGAAAGUCUGAAUCAAAGAGCUUUAUAG